AUGGAUUCUGAAUCUGUCGUCUCCCAAGUCCAGCGCAAGAUUGAGCUACAAGCCCCAGAAGAUCUGUCGUACCUCAUCGCAAACGUCCGUCGCGCGGCCACUGAACGUCUAAAUGAGGCUUUCCCUCCUGUCGAAGGAGCCGACGGUGAAGAUGAAUUGCGCAAUCAAAUAGAGAAACUCGUUAAUGAGUACAUCGAUAAAACCUUCUCACUCGCAUCCCCGAACCUCUCCAUAAAUGGCCUGCCCGUCAUCGCAAACACCUUUCUCUCCGAAACCCCCGCUGAGCCAGAAGAAGUCUAUGAACCUUUUGAUACGCGCAAGCGCCGUCGCGUCGCAGACCUCAUCACACAGGAAGAGAAGCUCCUCGAGGACGUCGCAGCCCUCAAGCGCUCCGUGCCCGCCACCGCUGCCACGAACCAAGCCGAGCUGCUGCGCGAUAGUCUCAAGCGCGACGACGACAUGCUGGAGGCGCGCAAGAAGCAGAUUGCCGCGGAGGCGACCGAAAUCGGGCUAGACGUCCAACCGCUCGAGAGGCAGAAUGGUGUUGAGGUUGGGUUCCGAGACGCCGUUGAGGGUUUGGGCAGGUUAAAGCGCGAAAUGCCCGCCGUGGUAGCCAAAAUGGAGAGAGCUCGCGUCGCUGGCGAAUACGUUGUUACGCAGGGACGAUAA